AUGGCAGACACAGGUGAGGCCCUCACGGGUCUUGAGCAGAAACGCCUUCAACUAGAGAAACAAAUAACAGAUCUACAAUCUUCCAUCUACCACUGGAGACUCUGGAACGCAGAAUACGAUGGCUUGAAAGAGGAGCUCUCGUCUCUGCCUGAGGACAGCACGCGCGAGGAUAUACUUCAAAUAGGAAUAAAUUUUGGAGGGUCCCAAGUGACUGAAAAAGAAGUACGCGUUUUACUGGGAGACGGAUCCCCUGGACCAACGAUAUCAAGAUCACCUCAACAAAUAAUACGUGCGAUUGACCGGAGGAUUGACUAUGUGCUAGACAAUAUAAAGGCCUUGGAAAAGCGUGCCGCAGCCUUGGACGAUAAACUGAAGGCAUUUCUUGUGGCGGGACAACCAGAUACGGGAUUAAACGAGGAAGGCCUACCAAUUACCGAUAUUGUCGAAGAGCUGGAUGAAGAUGGAAAUGUCAUUUCAGGAUCUACUACCAUGCCUGGGAAGGAGACCAAUCAGCUACUUGAUGUUUUGAAGAAAGCUGGACUGGAUGUUCCGGGAGGAAAAGCUAAGAGCGAACCGACUACAAGCGGGUCGAAGACCGCUGGAGCGACGCCUGCAACACCUGCCUCUACAAGCACUGAUGCUGAACGAAGCUCGGCACGGGAUGUUACUACGAGUAAACCCACGGAAACGCUGGGGCUUAACACUAAGCCACAAAUCCAACAGGAGACUGGCCGCCAGCAGGUUAAAACUCCCAUUAGAGAGAAUGGAGUACCAUUGAAAUCCAAUAUUCCGAUAGUGGACUCCGUAAAAACAUCUACGGAAUCAGCGACAUCAACAACGGAUACCGUAGAGAAGGGCGUGUCGACGAUGGUAGAAGUUGAGGAUGACUCCCCAGAAGAUGCUGCAUUACGCAGAGAGAUGAUUCAGUAUGGACUUGAAGAAGUAGGCGCCAUUGUUGCAGAGCUUGAACUAGAUGAAGAUGGGAGCGAAUUCUCAAUCGACGAUGAAGAUUAUGACCUAGACGACGAAGAUAGCGAUUGUGAGGAUGAAUAUGGGCGAUCUACAAAGAGAGUCUUGGAUGACGAUUAUAUCAAACAAAUGCGUGAACUCGAGAAGAAGCUGAACGCAAAGAGUUUGCAAAAUAUUGGCCCUGACACUAGCUCAUUGCCUUCGGAUGUUCGGACUCAGGUGGAACAAGGGCCAUCUGCCAUCAAGAAAGGCCCAGCAAAGAAAAAGAAGGUUGCAUUUGCUGAAGAACUUGAUAUUGCCCCGGAGCCAUCUCCUAAGCCUGCCCCUUCUGUUCCCAAGGCCAAAGAAUAUCUACCGCCACCUAUCCAGGAGGCAGUGGUUGAAAGGUCAGGAAGCAUAGAUAGGGCAAAAGUACAGGAUUCAGGAUCAACACGAAAGGCCUCUCGCUUUAAACGUGCUCGAAAAACAGAAGAACCCAUCUCUUCGGGAGUCACUACGCAGUCUACCCAAAUACCCUCAAAUAUUGGCUCUUCGCUCAAUUCAAGGGCUCCAGUAAUCCCACCACCGCUUUUCCCUGCUACGCCUUCGACUCCAAAGCCAUUCUCGCAGCCUAUACCUGAUUUGGACAGACUCUCCAUUUCUAGCGAUAACAAAACCAACACAAAGGUUAAUAAUAAACCAAUAGCUGAUGUCCUCGUGGAGCGGACUGUACAUAACGAUUCAGCUAUCCCUCCUGACCCAGAUGAAUUAGACGAAUCUAUCCACAGAAGAGAAGUUGCAGCCGAAUUCUACAAGUUACGGAAUCUCAAGGUUCAGCAGAGCGGAGGGUUCUUGCAGGAAGAUGAGGUUGAGCCACUUGUUCUUGUGGAUGCUGACGAACAGUCACAAAAUGGACAGGAUAAGCCGAAGAAGGUGAGCCGGUUUAAAGCUGCAAGGGCUAAGUAG